UUCCCCUUCCCCAACCCCGAGCCCGGCCGCGGGCUCCGAGCGCGAUCGGCAACAAUGUUUACGUUCCGGGGAUUAUGACGUCGACGCCCCCCCCCCCCCUACAACUGCUGAAAAUGGUUUCCUAGGACUUUGCAAACGGAUCCGCUUAAGUGUUGGUGCAAAACUUUGCAGACCUCGGCUGCUCUGACUUUGCUUUAUUUAUUUAUUUUUAUUUUUUGGGGGGAUUUGUUUUCUUUGGUCUCCUCUCCUUACCCCCCUCCGCCAAAAUGCAGGGGGCAGGAGUGUUGACAAUUAAUUGGUGAACUCUCCUAAAAAAAUGGAGGCAGAGAAAGACUCUGGAAGAAGAUUGCGCCCGAUUGACCGCCAGCGGUACGACGAGAACGAGGACGUGUCGGACGUGGAGGAGAUCGUGAGCGCCCGCGGCUUCAGCCUGGAGGAGAAGCUGCGCAGCCCGCUGUACCAGGGGGACUUCGUGCUCGCCAUGGAGGGCAAAGAUUUCAACUAUGAGUACGUGCAGAGAGAAGCUCUCAGGGUUCCCUUGAUAUUUCGAGAGAAGGAUGGACUGGGAAUUAAGAUGCCUGACUCUGACUUCACAGUCCGAGAUGUCAAACUCCUAGUGGGCAGCCGGCGGCUGGUGGACGUGAUGGAUGUGAACACUCAGAAGGGCACGGAGAUGAGCAUGUCCCAGUUUGUGCGAUACUACGAGACGCCGGAGGCUCAGCGGGACAAGCUGUACAACGUCAUCAGCCUGGAGUUCAGCCACACCAAGCUGGAGCACCUGGUCAAGCGUCCCACUGUGGUAGACCUGGUGGACUGGGUGGACAACAUGUGGCCGCAGCACUUGAAGGAGAAGCAGAUGGAAGCCACCAACGCCAUUGCAGAGAUGAAGUACCCGAAAGUGAAGAAGUACUGUCUGAUGAGCGUGAAAGGCUGUUUCACUGACUUCCACAUCGACUUUGGAGGCACUUCCGUGUGGUACCAUGUUUUCCGGGGUGGGAAGAUCUUCUGGCUGAUCCCUCCGACCCUGCACAACUUGGCGCUGUACGAGGAGUGGGUGCUGUCGGGCAAACAGAGUGACAUCUUCCUGGGAGACCGCGUGGAGCGCUGCCAGAGAAUCGAGCUGAAACAGGGCUACACGUUUUUCAUCCCUUCCGGCUGGAUCCAUGCAGUCUACACCCCGGUAGACUCUCUGGUGUUCGGCGGAAACAUCCUGCAUAGCUUUAACGUGCCCAUGCAGCUGCGGAUUUAUGAGAUCGAGGACAGAACACGGGUGCAGUCCAAAUUCCGCUACCCCUUCUACUAUGAGAUGUGCUGGUAUGUCUUGGAGAGAUACGUGUACUGUGUGACCCAGAGGUCUUACCUCACUCAGGAAUACCAGAGAGAAUCCAUGCUGAUUGAUGCCCCAAGAAAGCCCAGCAUAGACGGCUUCUCAUCCGAUUCCUGGCCGGAAAUGGAGGAGGAGUCUUGUGAGCAGCAGCUCCAGGAGGAGGAGAAGGAGGAGGAGGAGGAGGAGGAAGAGGAGGAAGAAGAAGGUGCAGAGAAGGUGCCCCAGCCACCUGCCGAUGGCCCUGCCUCACCCACCAGCAUCCCCUCUGAGGACCAGGAGCCCCCCGGGAAGAAGCCUAAAGCACCUGCCCUGCGGUUCCUCCGGAGGACUCUGUCUAAUGAGUCCGAGGAGAGCGUCAAGUCCGCGACGAUGCCCGCAGACCACCCGAGGGCGCCCACGGGCUCGCCCACCACCGAGGUCUCUGCCAAGUGGACCCACCUCACCGAGUUUGAGCUGAAGGGCUUGAAAGCGCUGGUGGAGAAACUGGAGUCCCUCCCGGAACACAAGAAGUGCGUCCCCGAGGGCAUCGAGGACCCCCAGGCCCUCCUGGAGGGCGUGAAGAAUGUCCUGAAGGAGCAUGCUGACGACGACCCCAGUCUGGCCAUCACCGGGGUCCCCGUGGUCACCUGGCCGAAGAAGACUCCAAAGAACCGGGCCAUAGGGAGGCCCAAAGGGAAGCUGGGCCCCGCCUCCGCGGUGAAGUUGGCCGCCAACCGGGCCACCGCGGGAGCUCGCCGGCGCCGGACGCGAUGCCGCAAGUGCGAGGCCUGCCUGCGGACCGAGUGCGGCGAGUGCCACUUCUGCAAGGACAUGAAGAAGUUCGGGGGCCCCGGGCGGAUGAAGCAGAGCUGCAUCAUGCGGCAGUGCAUCGCGGAUUUCUGCAUGAUCUGCCUUCCUCUUCCUAAAAACCUCGAGGAGCAACUGUCUCCCUCAUCACUCCCCCCCCUCGGCCACUUGCUUCAGGCUUCAGCAGAUCCAGUGCUACCCCACACCGCCGUGUGCCUAGUGUGUGGCGAGGCGGGGAAGGAAGACACGGUGGAGGAGGAGGAAGGCAAGUUUAACCUCAUGCUCAUGGAAUGCUCCAUCUGCAACGAAAUCAUCCACCCUGGAUGCCUUAAGAUUAAGGAGUCAGAGGGCGUAGUCAACGAUGAGCUUCCAAACUGCUGGGAGUGUCCCAAGUGUAACCACGCUGGCAAGACCGGGAAAGCCUACAAGCAAAAGCGUGGCCCCGGCUUCAAGUACGCCUCCAACCUGCCCGGCUCGCUGCUCAAGGAACAGAAGAUGAACCGGGACAACAAGGAGGGCCCGGAGCCGGCCAAGCGGAGGAGCGAGUGCGAGGAGGCGCCCCGGCGCAGGUCGGACGAGCACCCCAAGAAGGUGCCCCCGGACAGCAUCCUGCGCCGCAAGUCAGACGACGUGCACCUGAGGAGGAAGCGGAAAUACGAGAAGCCCCAAGAGCCAAGUGGACGCAAGCGAGCCUCGACUCUUCAGACGUCCCCCGGUUCCUCCUCUCACCUCUCGCCAAGGCCCCCUCUUGGCAGCAGCCUCAGCCCUUGGUGGAGAUCCAGUCUCACUUACUUCCAGCAGCAGCUAAAACCUGGCAAAGAAGAUAAGCUUUUCAGGAAAAAGCGGCGGUCCUGGAAGAACGCCGAGGACCGGAUGGCUCUGGGCGGCAAGCCGCUCCGGCGCUUCAAGCAGGAACCCGAGGACGAGCUGCCCGAGGCGCCCCCCAAGACCAGGGAGAGCGACCACUCCCGCUCCAGCUCCCCCACGGCCGGGCCCAGCACCGAGAGCGCGGAGGGUCGCGACGAGAAGAAGAAGGUGAAGAUGCGCCGGAAGCGGCGGCUCCCCAACAAGGAGCUGAGCAAGGAGCUGAGCAAGGAGCUCAACCAGGAGAUCCAGAAGACGGAGAGCAGCCUGGCCAACGAGAACCACCAGCCCAUCAAGUCGGAGCCGGAGAGCGAGAGCGAGGAGCCCAAGCGGCCGGUGGGCGGCCUGUGCGAGCGCCCGCACCGCUUCAGCAAGGGGCUCAACGGCGCCUCCCGCGAACUGCGGCACCAGCUGGGGCCCGGCCUGCGCAGCCCGCCCCGCGUCAUCGCCCGGCCGCCUCCCUCCGUGUCCCCGCCCAAGUGCAUCCAGAUGGAGCGGCACGUGAUCCGCCCGCCGCCCAUCAGCCCCCCGCCCGACUCGCUGCCCCUGGACGACGGGGCGGCCCACGUCAUGCACCGGGAGGUGUGGAUGGCCGUCUUCAGCUACCUCAGCCACCAAGACCUGUGUGUGUGCAUGCGGGUCUGCAGGACCUGGAACCGCUGGUGCUGUGAUAAGCGGUUAUGGACCCGCAUCGACCUGAACCACUGCAAGUCCAUCACGCCCCUGAUGCUGAGCGGCAUCAUCCGGCGACAGCCUGUCUCCCUGGACCUCAGCUGGACCAAUAUCUCCAAGAAACAGCUGAGCUGGCUCAUCAACCGUUUGCCAGGGCUCCGAGACUUGGUGCUGUCAGGCUGCUCAUGGAUUGCAGUCUCGGCCCUCUGUACCUCCAGUUGUCCGUUGCUCCGGACCCUGGAUGUCCAGUGGGUAGAAGGGCUAAAGGAUGCCCAGAUGAGAGAUCUCCUGUCUCCGCCCACAGAUAACAGGCCAGGUCAGAUGGACAAUCGGAGCAAACUCCGAAACAUCGUGGAGCUGCGCCUCGCAGGCCUGGACAUCACCGACGCCUCGCUGCGGCUCAUCAUCCGCCACAUGCCCCUGCUCUCCAAGCUCCACCUUAGUUACUGUAACCACGUCACUGACCAGUCCAUCAACCUGCUCACCGCAGUGGGCACCACCACCCGGGACUCCUUAACAGAAAUCAACCUGUCAGACUGCAAUAAGGUCACUGACCAAUGCCUGUCCUUCUUCAAGCGCUGUGGGAAUAUCUGUCAUAUUGACCUGAGGUACUGCAAGCAAGUUACCAAGGAAGGCUGUGAGCAGUUCAUAGCUGAAAUGUCUGUGAGUGUCCAGUUUGGGCAAGUGGAAGAAAAACUCCUGCAAAAACUGAGUUAGUCCAAGGACUAGUGUGUAAAUAUGGGGUGGGGGGGUGGGGAGGGGCGGGGCCACAGGAGGGUAAAAGACUUGACAGAAACUAGGGUUUUUAUUUUCAAUUUGGAACUUGGAAUAACAGACCACGGAACGAUUCCAUUUUGCAAGUCUUGCCAAGGCAAUGCCGUUCCACCACCCAUUUUGGGGAUGAGUGAGCCGGAUUGGGUUAUUAUGAAGAGUAACUGCACUGCUUUCUGGACCAUUUCUAAGGCGGCCUUUACCGAGAAGACAUUCCUGUUGGAGAGGAGGAUGAACUUGGGAGAAAUUCUCUUACUGAAGCAUGAGCUUAGGAAUUUUUUUUUUUUUUUUUUUUUUGUGAUGGUGUUUUGUUCUGGACACCUCAUUCCUUGCAACUCUGGGGGUUUUGGUGUCAACAUUAAGUGGACCACACAACACAUCUGCCGUCUUGACAUAUUUUGUUUGGUUUUGUUACAUCUUACAUUAUGAGGAAUUAUUUUUGUACAAAUUGUUUAAAAGUUAUUUAUGCAAGGUU